AUGUCCCAACUGCGCAGGUUCAAGAACGUUGUCGUUCAGAAGGUUCCGAGUCCUGUCUUUACCGCGCCUCAACGCGGCUACCCCGGUUCCUCUGCCCCCUCGUUCCCCCAGCUGUCUCGUCCUCGCCGUGACAGCGUCCCUUCGCUUCGCUCCUCCAGGGCAUCCCCUCUUUCCCAGGUGACCCAUGUCGCCUCCAACCCUCGUUCCUUUGUUUCGCGGAUUCCGGUCCGCUCCCAGGCACCCACUGGUGUUCGCUCUCUUCGCCAGACCCUCACUGCCUCGACCAAGGCUCGCAUUCUUUCGUGGAUGGACUCCAUCCCCAACUAUCGCUUUCGUUCUCGGCUGCCUACGCCAAACACCGUUCGCUCUCUCCCGGACACGGUCGGCAAGAACCUCCUCACUUCGUCGAAGCGAGAUUACAUUCUUUCCUGGUUGACCGCCGUGCCCCAAUGUCGCCUUCCAACUACCACCACACCCUCUUUCAAGGACGACGCUCCCACUCCCCGACACUCCUUCAAGGACGACAGCCUGUUCCUCGAGAUUGCUCAGGAGCAGCGUUCUCGACCUCGCGUCCAGCGCCAGGCGCCACCACCGACUCCCCAGCGACCAACUCCUGUUCCCUCGCUUGACAGCCCCGACGUCUUCCUUGCGUUGGCUUCGGCCAGACAGACUGGACGCCGUGGACCUUGGACUACUGAAAGGUCUACCACGACAAGCCGUUCAGCCUCGACGGCCAGCAAGCCUACCUCGGCCAUGGCCAAGGGAACCCGCAAGCGCAAGCCGGCCAAACACGUUCGUUUCGGAGAAGUGACCGUUGUCGACGCAAACCACCCUCGUUGGAUCAAUCCCCAGCUCGACGUCUUCCGCCGCUGA